GAUUUUUACCCGCAGAGCGGCGAGAUUGACAUCGUCGAAAACGCCAACAACGCCCAGAACAAUCAGAUGUCGUUGCACGUCAGCAACAAACAAGGCCAAUGCAUCAUCACCUCCAACCCUGCCAUGACCGCGACCAAGGACCGGUGGAACAAUUGCGCCGAAGAGGCCAACGGCGGCUGCGACGCCAACGACCCGCGCACCAACAGCUUUGGAUCGGGGUUUAGCAACAAUGGUGGAGGUGUUUAUGCUAUGGAGUGGACCGUGCAGGCGGUGCGCAUCUGGUCCUUCCCCUGGGGUGCCAUUCCCAGUGGCGCGAGCGGGCCCUUGGGGUCGUCUCCGAAUCCGGACACUUGGGGAACCCCGACUACGGUUUUUGAGAGUAAUAAUGGGAGUGGGUGUGAUAUGUCCGCACACAUCAGGAAUCAGCGGAUUGUUAUCGACACCACUUUCUGUGGGAUUUGGGCGAGCGGGACUUGGUCGAGUUCCGGGUGCGCGGCCAAGACUGGGUAUGGGUCCUGUGAGGAUUAUGUGAAGAAUGUGCCGGGGGAUUUCAAGUAUGCUUUUUGGACGUUUAAUUCGAUUAUGGCUUAUACUUGA